AUGGCCCGAAUUGAAUUCCGUCCCGAGUUUAAAAACCAGGUUGUGCAGUUCAUAGUUGGGAAGUGCGUCAAUGGAAAACCACCCCGGGGUACGAUGAAGGAGGCGCAACUGAAGUUCAAUAUUUCCCGUCAAUCAUGCACAAGGCUGUGGAAUGCUGCCAAAAAACAACAAGCUGCAGGUCAGGUAAUUCAGUUGGUUAACAACAAAAAGACCAGGUAUUAUCCCAAGAGAGUUGCUUUCGAUGUUCAUCUGUUAAUGAGCUUGCAUUACUCUAAGAGGAAAAACCUCUUGAGCUUGAGUGCCAACUUAAAAUGUUCCAAAACCAUAGUUUGGAGAUGGGUCAAAGCAGGUUUGAUCAGGCCACAUACUUCGGCCAUCCGGCCAGAUUUAACAGCUGAGAAUAAGCUGCUACGAAUGAGAUUUAGCUUGGAAGCAUUAGAAUUGGAUAUGAUCCUGAAUAGGAUCAGAUUCAAUAACAUGCACAAUACCAUUCACAUUGAUGAAAAAGGGUUUUAUAUCACAAAAGUGAGCAGGCAACUAUUUGGAUCAAACGGUGAAUGCUUAUUUGACGGAAAAAUUGGGAUUUUUCCCUUUACAAAACAAGUUGCAGCCCAAAGGUCAAGCAAGAAUAGGCCCGCAAGCACAAUAGAGACAAAUCCCAUAGAGAGUAUCACAAAGAUUGUGAUCAAGGAUUGUUUAAUAACAAAGAUAAUCCCUGCUAUCAUGGCAAAAUGGCCAGAUGGGGCAUCCAAGUAUAUCAAGAUACAACAAGAUAAUGCAAAGCCACACAUUUCAAAUGAUGAUCCAGAUUUUAUACAAGCUGCCAAUCAGAAUGGGUUCUCAAUGUCACUAGGCAAUACAGUCAUUGCAGGGGCUGAAGUUUUUGAAGGGGCUGAAGGCAUUGAAGGGUCUGAGCAUAUUGCAGGGGCUAAAGUGAUUGAAGGGGCUGAAGACGUUGAAGAGGCUGAGAAUAUUGCAGGGGCUGAGCAUAUUGCAGGGACUGAAGUGAUUGCAGGGUCUGAGCAUAUUAAAGGGGCUAAAGUGAUUGAAGGGGAUAAAGACGUUGAAGGGACUGAAGAGGUUUAA